AUGGCAUCCUCAACAACGAGUACCCCGUCGGGGGAUCUCGCCUCCCGCAUUCUUCAGUCCCUCGACCAAACCUCGCCGCUCCUCUCGUCCGAAGCCUUUCCGGAUGCCAGCUUCGUCGAAGUAAAGGCUGCUCUAGACCGAUUGGCCUCUCGUGAUAUGGUGACCUACGAUACGAUAGAACGAGAAGAAGCUAUAUUAGAGCCUGAGGGUGAGCAGAUUGCUGCCAAUGGUAGUCAUGAAGCUCGCGUAUUCGAUGCCUUGCGCUCAGCCAUCGACGGCCUAACCGUGCAGGACCUAGAGAAGGUUAUUGGCGACAAGAGUGUUGUUAAGAUUGGCCAGGGCAAGGCGUUCAAGGAGAAGUGGAUAUCGAAGACGAAGGAUGGCAAGUUCAAGGCUAUGCAAGAAUCUAUACAAGAUGUUACCAAGGAGCAAAUGUUAACCAUUAAGGCGACACGAACAUACCCUGACGCUAAACUACUUGCCGAUUUGAAGAAGCGAAAACUUAUCAAGAUGCAAAAGAUUAUUAGCUUCAAAAUUCAUAAGGGCACCAAGUUCGCCCUGAAGAUCCCUGAAGAGGCAACGGACUUAACUGCCGACAUGAUAAGUACGGGGUCGUGGAAGACUGCUACAUUCAAGCCGUACAACUUCAAAGCUUCAGGAGCAGACCAACGGUCAGGUGCAUUGCAUCCACUCAGCAAAGUUCGUGCCGAGUUCAGGCAGAUUUUCUUUGAGAUGGGGUUCGAGGAGAUGCCCACCGAUAAGUUUGUCGAGUCUGGUUUCUGGAAUUUCGAUGCCCUUUAUGUGCCACAGCAACACCCAGCGCGUGACUUACAAGACACCUUCUAUAUUUCCGAUCCUGCGGUGGCUGAUAAGCCUCGAGAAACAUCGCCUGAUGACAAGAAAGACUACAACGCCUACUGGGAGAAUGUGAAGGCGGUUCACCAAGAUGGCAAAUAUGGUUCAAUCGGCUACCGAUAUCCUUGGUCGGGGGACGAGUCACUACGAUUGGUGCUACGUACUCACACGACAGCUAUCAGCGCAAAUAUGCUUCAUAAACUGGCAGCCAGAAAAGGCCCAGAUGGUCGCCCACCUCCAGCACGCUAUUUCUCCAUAGAUAGAGUGUUCCGAAAUGAGAGUGUUGACGCAACACAUCUUGCAGAGUUCCAUCAGGUCGAGGGUGUCAUCGCUGACGCAAAUUUGACUCUUGGUGGCCUCAUGGAGUUUAUGGAUAUCUUCUUUGGCAAGAUGGGUAUCACUGAUCUCAAGUAUAAGCCAGCCUAUAACCCUUAUACCGAACCUAGCAUGGAAAUCUUCUCCUAUCAUAAGGGCCUAGGCAAACUUAUUGAAAUAGGGAAUAGCGGAAUGUUCCGGCCCGAAAUGCUCGAAGCUAUGGGAUUCCCCCCGGAUACACGCGUGUACGGCUGGGGUCUAUCUUUGGAAAGGCCUACCAUGAUCAAAUAUGGAAUCUCCAAUAUUCGCGAACUUCUAGGCCACAAGGUAGAUCUGAAGUUCGUCCAGAGUAGUCCCGCUGUACGUUUAGAUAAGGAUUAG